AUGUUUGUUUACCAAGGAAAGAUGAACUGGUGGACGUACGCCAAGGACGAGACCUUCGUCGUCGUUCUCCCCAACGGCCCAGUCCGCGUCGGCGACAGCGUCUAUCUCUUCUGGAAAUGGACAGUCGAUGCUAAAGGCGUCAAGAACGGCAACGUCUUCCAGACCAUCAGCGUCGACUCAGUCACACAGACCAGUGCCACUGAUGUGACCUUUGUCCUCAAGGGCUCCUGGUACAGUUUCACCGUCACCACAAAGGGCGGUUAUGAGAACAUCAGCAUCGUCAUGAGAAACCCCCAGGGCGGUGUCGGCGACCCCAUGCCUCUCAAGCGCGAGUGGAAGUCUGAACAGGAGCUCACUGGCACUACGCGCAUUUGGACUGGAAAGUUCAAGUGGAUGAGCUUUGCGAAGGAUGAGCAGGCCAUCUUCAUUGUUCCUGAUGGCUUUGGUGAGGGCAAGCCUAUUAUCUCAACUUGGCAGUGGACAAAGGCUUCCAACGGCAAGACGAAGGAGCCGUCGUUCCGUGCUGAGGUCCAGAAGAAUGUUACUGGGCUUGGAACUGAUACUGUCAAGUUCUCGUACAAGUCUUACUAUGAUAUCAAGUGCACUUGGGAUGGCAAGAAGGAUCAGCUUGAUGUUUGGGUAACAGAGGGUGCCCACAGUGAGGAUGUUGGUGACAUGAUACGCUCUGCCAUCAUUGAGCGCUCAACUCACUCUCAUGACUUCAACCCUCCUUUCCCUCCUCCCACCAAGAGCGAGUGUGACCAUUAUCUCCCCCAGCCCCAAGCUUCGCUCCCUCGUCUCGUGUGUCCUCUUCCAUUUCCCAAGGACCUUCUUGAGACUCUCGCACACACGGCUGCAUACGUCGACCAGUGCGGUUACCUAGCCAAGUAUGCUCAGGAUCGCUUUGCCGCCCUCGAUGCCGAUUACCACUUCUCCCUUGAGCAGAUCAAGGCUCUUAAGAUUGAGAUUGAGAACAUCAACAAGACCAAGGGCGACCUCACCACUGACCGCGAUGCCGCCAUCGCCAAGGCUCAGAAGCUUCAAGAGGCUCUAGACAAGGCUCUGAAGGGCGGUGAAGGCUUCCAGAAGGAGAUUAACCGACUCAACAAGGUCAUCUCUGAUGACAAGCUCAAGGAUGCCGAGGCUCUCAAGGUCCUUGAGAAGACUCGCGCCGAUCUCGAGGCCUCCCAACAGCAGUGCUCCAAGCUUCAGGCCGAGGUUGCCCAAAAGGAUGCUCAGAUCGCGGAGCAGGGCGCCACCAUCAGCAACCUCCAGAAGAUCAUCAUCACUCUCGAGACUACCAUCUCGCAGCUCCGUGCCGAGGUUACAGUCAAGACCACCGAGAACGAGAAGCUUGCCAAGGCCAACGUUACCCUCGAGGGACAAAAGAAGGAUCUCGAAGGCUCCGUCAAGGAUCUUCAGGAUGAACUUGCUCGUGCGCAGCAGAGGAUCAAGGAUCUGCAGGAAACGGCUAAGAGCCACGCGGCGAAGGAUAAGGAGAUCCGUGAUGCGAAGGCUCGUGCAGAUACUGAGGCCGCAAAGUCGGAGGAGGAGGCUGCCAACGCACGGGCUGAGGUUGAGAAGUAUAAGCAGUGGGCUUUCGAUAACAAGGUUAAGAUCGAUCUCUCCAGCUACUGA